AUGUCUAUAGAUUUUUUUGAGAUAAAGCUUCUGACAAAGCUGGAUCUCUUGCAAGAGCAACUGGAAGAGGUAGAGCAAACUAUGAUGACAACUAUGGAGAGAUCGCUGAAGAUUGUGGAGGCAUCCAAAGAGAGCACACGAACCGAACUGGAGGAAUUGAAGAAUCAUAUGAUGCCCAAGCUGAACCACAUUCAGGAAACGACGCAAAAUGAGCUCAAGAACAUAGGAGAGAGCAUGAAAACUCUGAUCCAGUUCACAGAUUCGGUACGAAAUAUUAGUGAACAAAGCAAAUUUAUUACACAGUUGCGUAACAUGAUGCAUCCGGUGAGUUCAUGUCGCCAAGCUCUCAAAGUGUCAGGGAAAUACAUGUUAAAAAUUGAGGAGAAUGUCGAACCAUUCGAGGUCUUUUGUGAGCAAAAUAAGUUCGAAGGUGGCUGGAUUGUAAUCCAGCAUAGAUAUGACGGUUCGGUCAACUUUUAUAGGAAUUGGACGGAGUACCAAAACGGAUUUGGAGCUUUAGAUGGUGAAUUCUGGCUUGGGCUAGAAUACGUGCAUCAAAUUACGAAAAAUCGACCGCAUGAACUGCUGGUGGAAAUUCAAGAUUUCCAUGGAAAUUACGGAUACGCUAAGUACGGGCAGUUUGAGCUUGGUAGCGAAUCGGAGAAGUACAUGUUAAAGAAGUUAGGUACAUACUCAGGGACAGCAGGAGAUUCGAUAAAAUGGAACGAAGAUGAAAUGUUUAGCACAUUCGAUCGCGACAAUGACGGAGAUAGCACGAAUUGUGCUGAGGAGCGACACGGGGCCUGGUGGUACUUUCGCUGCACCUCUUCCAAUUUGAACGGGCGUUAUCAGAACGUAACGAAUGAUGAAAGUGCGAUAGAAUGGUGGCACUUUAAAAAUGACUCUCGUGGUAUGUCUUACUCGAGAAUGAUGAUUCGGGAAGUCACCCCAUAA